AGGUGGGUCUUUCCGCUCUCCGUACGAGUUUCGUGUAAACCAGAAGAAAGAGCCCUCUUUUCGUUGUUGUUUCUUUUGAACCCCAUCCUGCUCUCCGCCAUUACAUCCGUCUCUGAUAUUGGCUAUUCGUUUUCUCUGCUUUUCCCAAGCAAGCAUAACCAAAGAAGUCCAUUACCGCAGCAAAGGGAAAAAACUCUUUCCUUUUUUUCCUCUUUUUCUAAAUUAAAAACAAGACAGAAGAACAAGUGGAAUACAUUUACUUUUGUUAACAACAGUAAAAACACUUACAUUCAGUUUCUCUUCCCUCCCCCUCUCUUUACCCCUUCACCCCCCACUCAAUCUCACGUGAUGGAUGGCAAGGUCAUUGUUCUCUUGCGCAGCAGCAGCGUCGCGCGGGCACCGGUGUACCGCCACCUGCGCUCCCUCGGUGCUGUUCUCGUGCUCGUGCAUCCCUACCAGCCCAUGCCGGAGUUCGACGGUGUUUUUCAUCAUUGGCUGCAACUCGAAACAGACGACGUGGAGACCGUGCGCGUGGCACUGCGUGAAUUCCUGACCGCACAUCGCUUAGAACCAGACGCCAUCGUUUCCUUCGAUGAGUACGCCGUGCUCCAGGCUGCUGCGCUGGCUGUGGCCUUUCACCUUACCCCAGUGCCGCUGCCGCCGGCGGCGAUCCAGCAAAAUAACUUAAAGGACCGCUUCCGCCUCUUCUGUGCGGCGCACCAAAUCCACUCGCCUAAGUCGACGCGACUGCCGCUGUCGCGGUUGCUGUCACCCGAGGUGACGGAGAGAAUCGCGCAAGCGGACAAUACGGCUGACAGCGUGUUUGCGGACCUGCGCGCGGAAAUGCAAGACAUCAUUCUAGCCGCAUUAGCCGACGCCUCGCUGACGUUUCCAAUCGUGCUGAAACCAAGCCCCGGCGCCGGCAGCCUGCUGGCGCGGCUGUGCGCCGACAUCGACGAGGCCACGCGCCACGCCUGGUGCAUGUGGCGGACCCUCUCGAAUUACCCAGACACGAAGCACUUUCUCGCUGUGGUGCGUGGGGCAGGCGGUGGGGUUGCGUUUGCCGACUACGCUACUAUACCCUGCGUUCAAAUCCUUGCGGAGGAGUACAUCACCGGCCAAGAGGUGGACAUUGACUGCGUGGUGGAGCACGGCCGGGUGGUAUUUAGCUCCAUCUCCGACAACUUCGCGCCGGUACCUCCGUACUUCGCCGAGGUCGGAGGUCUCUGUCCUUCCGCCUUAGAAUUCGAGGGACAGCAGGCGUUGCGCGACCUGCUCGAAUCGUAUGUGGCGGCCUUUGGCGAUCAGCUGCACGGUGUCCUUCACUUUGAGGCGAAGUACAACAUUGCGCAACGCAGGGCGUACGUGAUUGAGGUCAACUGCCGACCUGGCAGCGCGGAGACGAACACGAUGAUCAACACGGUGUACCGUGAGAUGAGCCUCGGCGAGUCGCUCGUGCGGUGUGCGCUGCAGCAGCCGAUCCACGAGCAGCUCGCGCGUCUGUUUCCGGAGAUCGUGCUUCGUGCGCACGAACCAAACCAACCGCAGCAGCUCACCAACGAACACGCGGAGGUAGCGUCAAUGAAAGAAGAAGGCAAAGACGCGUCGACGAGCAAUGACGGCGACGAGGUGGUGAUCCCGAUGUGGCGUGCUCUCGGCGGCCCAGCUCGUGGCUUUUUCCCUCCGCAGUGCUGGGCGGCGUCGACAAACAUUUAUCCGCGCUGUGCCGGGGUGCUACGCAAGGUGCGGGCGCCAACCGAGGAUCCCUCGCUAGUCGCGUUGUCGGUGUCCGCGCGCCACGGCGACGUCGUCGCCCCACCGCCCAAGCGCUUUUAUUUGCUGUCGUGGAUAGUCGCUCACGGGAAAACGGCCGCGGAGGCAAAAGAUAACAUCGAGCGUUUGAUAGCGGCGUUUGUGCAGGAGGUUGAGCCGCAGUUGGAGGUGUAG